AACUUUUCUUAUUGAGUGACUAUAUUGCUUAUAUGAAUUUUAUUAUUACUUACUUCUGACUAUAAAAUAGUAAUGAACUAAGACAUUUUCAAGCAAGGAGUUUGUUUGAGGUACUCAGCUUGAAAACUGCCUAACAAUGAUUUUCCGUAUAGCCAACAAAAAAUAUAAUGCCAAAAGUAACUACACAAUAAAUUACGCACCUGUCACGCACAGGAUAAAAGCAUAACAUUUAUUAUGUCAUUGGGAGAGAAAACAGAAAUGUCUCGCACGUUUAAAUUAGCACAAAAAUUUAAUUGUUUCUAUUUGUCAGGAUUGAAAUCAGCAGAAUGCAAACCAUUUGUUGUCGAAGGAUACCAGGUUGGUUUGGUUAGACCCGAUGUUAUGAAACAGCUUUUGAGAUAUCCAGAGGUGUUUUCCGUUUCUUCAGGAUGUGUAGAACUGAAUCCUGCUUUUAGAGACUAUGAAGAAAGAAGCAACCGUGUUGAAAAAGUUCUUAAAGAACUAAGAGCAGAAAAUGUGUUUAUAGCCUUAAAAGGCUGGAGAAAUGAAUGUUAUGAGGUCAGAACUGAUUUUAAUUCUAAAAGUUUAUUAAAAAUGGAUAGGUCAGCAACUUGUUUAUUUGGAAUUGCAAAUUAUGGAGUGGAUAUAAAUGGUUAUGUUAGGCAUCCAGUAUUAGGUCUUUGUCUUUGGUUCCAAAAACGGUCUUCUACAAAAGAAACUUGGCCAGGAAAAUGGGACAAUAUGGUAGGAGGUGGUUUAUCAGUAGGCCAUGGAAUUUUGGAAACUGCCUAUAAAGAAGCAAUGGAAGAAGCAUCUAUACCUGUAGAAUUAUUAAAAAAUGUAGUUAGUGCUGGUUGUGUUUCAUUUUAUUUCGAAUCUGAACGAGGUCUCUUUCCCAAUACAGAAUUCGUAUUUGACUUAGAACUUCCUUUGGAUUUUGUACCAGUAAAUGCCGAUGGUGAAGUAGAAACUUUUGAACUACUUACCGCUAACCAGUGCUUGGACAAAAUCAUGACUUCCGAUUUUAAAACUACUAGCGCUCCCGUAGCUUUGGACUUUUUAAUUAGGCAUGGGAUUGUAACACCAGAGAAUGAUAAAGAUUUUCUGAAAGUGGUAGAACUACUUCAUGUGCCACUACAAUCUAUCUACAGUAGAUGCUUAAACUCUAUAAAUAUCAAGGAAAAUGGUACUUCCUUUCAUAAUAAUUCAAAUAUAAUAUAAAAUAAUUAGGCGGUUUCUUACAGUUUUUAAUUUGGCUGUUAACUAUAACAAAGUAAUCAAGUUUAAACUGAUUUUUCAAAAUUUGUGAAAAUCGUGCAUUUAAGACCUGGGAUAUAUGUUUCAAUAUCAUCGAAAAGUUGAAACCAACAUUCUUAUAGAUUUCUAAUGUUUAAUCAUUGUGCUGUUUUAGGUAUAAUUGGAACUAAAUUCAUUAUUUUUCAUUAUGUUUAGGCAUUCAAGAGUUUAUUUGCGAUCUUUAAAUAUAAAUAUGGGGUGCACCGAUGGCAGGCUAAGGUCCACAAACCUUUAACAACGAAAUCUUUGUGUAAAUAUUUAUAUUAGAGUUUGUACUAUUUUGAUAAUGAUAACUUUACAAAAAAAUCUUUGUAAAUAAAAUUUCCUAUUGUCUUUUGAAUACAAAUUCUUUUUAUCUUUAUUUUGAGCAGCAUUAAUUUUAUAUCACUGAAUUAUUAUGCUGAAUAUAAAAACGAUAUUUUUUUCACAUUUUAUUUAAUUAUUUGUAUAUUUGAAAGUGAACAUCAUAUUAUGUAGGAGUAAUCUUCAACCUAAAAGUGUCAGAGAAUAUUUAUUUCGUUUUAUUGUACUUUCACACAUUUCCAACAAAUAUUCAUUGAAUUAAAUGAAGAAUUUAUUUGCCAUUAACAAUUUUGAAAAUUCCAACCACAAAGCAAUAUACUCUGCAUAACAGUGACUAAAUCUUGUAAACUCAAAAGUGCCUUUCUGGCUAGUUGGAUAGAGCAUGAAUAACAGAUGCACCUAAUGUAGAAAUAUAUAUCUUUACAACUGAAAUAAGAAUUUUCGACCAAUUACGACAUCUCUGUGAAACAGUACAAUACAUUUUUAGUUCUAAAAUAGUUUGACAAACCGAGACUUGUAUACAUACGACUGUGCUCUGUGUGCUGGCAUCUCCCACCUAAACUUAUCUUCCUUGUUUAGUAUUUCUACACCUAUUUUGUCGUAUUUCUUGUUUUAGAUUUUCACACAACCAAUUAUUGUGUCUAUUAACAUUUCAUAUUAAUUGUAAAAAAUGAGACUGAAAUGAUUUUAUUUAGCUUGCGAUUAAAAAAUAUUAUGAAGCAAAUUAAUUAUAAACGUUGAAAACUUCAUAAAUGUUCUAUUAUAACCAAAGAGAUUUCAGACUUUUAGCAAGAAUUUUGGAAACUAUUAAAGGUUGAUUUUUUAGUUGGUGAUUCUGUCUCUUACGUUCUUAAUUUAUUUAUAACACUGUACACUACACUAACUUAUAAUAAUUCACUUAUUAUUAUUUGACCAAGUUAAAUAGUUCAUUUAAAUUAUUUCUAUUUCGGGCGCGUUUUCGCCGAAUUUUUGAAUUGCAAUAUAUCUAGGCAGAACCGGCUCUAGGGCGGAGAAACGUUCGUAACAUUAUGGUGCGCCAGACAUUUGUCUAGACCUACUUAAGUGUGGCGUAGCAUGCUGGGGAAGCCCUAUUGGCUGGACUAUAGGAGGCAUCGCAGUGAAAAGGUUAAUAAAUAAAGUUAGAAAUGCCUUAGUGGUUCAGUGGUACACAAUAAAAUUUUUUACAAACGACUUUUUGCAAUUACAGGGAAAAUAUGUAAUUAAUGCGAAAAAUAUCUCUUUCUACAUGUACAUUACAGUUUUCUGAGUACCAGAAAUACUUGAAAUUUCGCCUUAUGUGCGUUUCAAACUAAUGCAUUUGUAGGUCAUUGGAUAUGUAGAUUUUUAUAGGGAGAUCAUUGAAAAAAUUUUGUUUUACUUUUGAUUCUGUUCCUAAGCAUUAAUACAAUUAAUAAUUCAAUUCCAGAUCUUAAAUUAUCGAAAUCUUUGUGGAAAACUGGUUCAAAAUACUUUUUCUAUCCAUGUUUAUAGUAUAUUAUAAAACAGCCUUACAGUUUUGAUUUUUUUGAGUUUAAUAAACGAUCCACAUUUUAUCAAAACGUUUACAUGGAUUUUGAGAGCUUACCAUUUUGUAAAUUAUUGUAAUUGUGUAUUUAUUUAUUUUACUAGAGUUUUUAUACCGAUUUAGCCAUGUAGAUUAGACUUGAUAUAUACUCAGAGUAUUAUUUUUUAUUUAAAUAUUUAAGAAUAUUUCAGUUCGACAGUACAUUUGUGAUAUUGUUUGUUUUAAUUUUUUUUUAGUGAAGUUUGUUGUAAUAAAAAAAUUAUUCUGAUCUAUAUAUAAAAUCACAAUAAAAAUCUUCCGACAUUUGUUAUUUAUUUUAUUCCAUUCAACUAUUAA